AUGUUCGUGAAUCGUUUCCUCGCCUUCGUCUCGCGCGCUUGCGUCUUCCUAUUCGCGCUACUCGUCCUCGGCAACAACCUCGCCGCCGACAAGAGCAGCGUGGGCUCACUGACCAUAAGGAAUGAUCGCAAGGAAUGCACGGUGCAGCCGGGCGGCAGUAAUGCUACUGAUGACGCCGUCGCCAUCCGCGCAGCCUUCGACGAGUGCGGACACGGCGGCAAAGUCGUCUUCCUGAACGAGACGUACUACGUCAACUCUGUGCUCAACACGUCCGGGCUCGAGGAUGUCGAUAUCGAGCUUCACGGAACGCUCCUGUGGUCCACGGAUGUAGAUUACUGGCUGAACAACUCCUUGCCCAUGGGCUAUCAGAACCACACCACAGCGUGGAUCUUCGGCGGACACGGUGUACGGUUCCAAGGCUUCGGGUACGGCACGUUUGACGGCAAUGGCCAAGUGUGGUACGAUUUUGCAGGCUCGGUGUCAAACUAUCCGCACAGACCGCAUCAACUCACUAUCUGGGAGACGUAUGACUCGGUGUUUGAGGGGCUGCGGUUUGUUCAGAGUCAGAUGUGGACGAUGACGGUCAAGAACUCGGAGAACGUCCUUCUGCAGGACAUCUACGUCAACAACACCAGCGAGAAUGACUCCAGCGCCCGAAACACGGAUGGGGCGGAUACAAUCUAUGCUAAAAACAUUACCUUCAACCGUUGGCACAUUGUCAACGGCGACGACGGUAUCGCUAUAAAAGCCAACUCCUCCGAGAUAUACAUAUACGACACCAUUUUCGAAGACGGGCAGUCACUGGCCAUAGGCAGCAUCGGUCAAUUUCUCAAUUGGUACGAAUUUAUCGAGAACAUUUACGCUAGAAACAUCACCCUAAUCAAUACCCGAUGGGCAAUCUACCUCAAAACCUGGACUGGAGUCCAGAAAGGCUACCCACCCAACGGCGGCGGCGGCGGCCUCGGUUACAUGCGAAACAUCACCAUGGAAUCCGUGACCCACGUCCGCACACGCGGUCUCUUCCAAAUCACGCAAUGCACAUCUUACAACGACGAAUCCGGCGACUGUGACACCUCGCGCUUCCACAUCGGGCCGGGCAUCACGUUCCGCAACCACACGGGCACGACGACGGCGACCGAGGCCGCCGAUCUCCAGUGUUCGGCCGACGCGGACGGCUGCGACGGCGUCGAGAUCAGUGGAAUAGAUGUGACGAUCGUGGGCAGCAACGGCACGGUCGUGGACGGGUAUGAGUGUAGUAAUGUCGUAGAACCGACCGUCGGGUUCGUUUGUGACGGUGAGGAAGAGGAUGAUGGGGACUAG